GAAUCAAAGCUCAGCCACGCUCAGCCUCAGGAGCUCAUCACUUUAUAACAUAACCUAUCAAUAAACCCAUUUAUUCUAGGAUAAAAAGUAGGCCUAUACAUUUUUAGGAUAUUUUAAAAUUUUUUAGUUAAUCAAAAUGGUUUUUACAUCAAUAGCUCACUUCAUACGUGCUAAUAUCAAUAAAAUGAAAGGACCGGAUGAAUUUUGGAGGAAAAGGAGAAUUUUCAGAUUGACUGCCCACUUUAUUAAUAGGAAGCGGAAUUGCUACUCUCUUGCAAUUCGAGGUGCCCAUAGAGCUAUGCAGUAUGCCACCAAAGGACGUCAUUUGAAGAAACAGGACAUGAGAAAUCUGUGGCUUCAACGAGUAACAGCUGGCAGUGAAGAACAUGGAGUGCCGUUUCCAGUGCUCCAGAAGGGACUUAUCAGAUCAGAUGUACUUCUCAGUCAAAAAACUCUCUCUGAACUAGCUGCAUGGGAACCUCGGACAUUCAAGGCUCUCACACAAUUGGCAUGGACUAAGGGCGUUGAAGAUGGCUUCAAUCGUAUUGAAACACUGGGUGAACCUCCAAAAAAUGUGUUCACGAGAGGCAUGCUCACAAAAGAGGUCUAUCUAAGUGAUGACGAGUCAAAAAAUUGAUCAUCUUGACCAGUGAAAAAAUCUUGACUAUACAAGUGAGAAGUAUUCUAGAGUGUUAGUAUAAUGUCGAAUGAUUUUUUGUCUUUAGGAAUUUUCAGUUAUUCUUACCUGUUAAUCAUUAUUUGUAUUUAUAUAUUCUUGAAUUUGUUACAAUAAAAAGAGAAUGAUUUGUGGAUCAGUAA